AUGUUCAAAGCAGUUGUAGCUUGCGUUAUAACGGAAAAGGACGUCAACAUGUGGAGGUCUUUGGUAUUAUCCUGGUUUGUUGUGAUAUAUUGGAGAUCGGGAAUUGAAGCAGCGAAAAUAAAAUGUAAUCGUCCAAAUGAACACUACGAGUGUGGCAGUGCAUGUCAAACAACUUGUGCCACGCUGGGCACCACGUGCUCCAUUGUCAACAUUAGAUGCUAUGAUGACUGUUACUGUAAUGAGAACUAUGCUAGAGAUGCCAACGGGACCUGCAUACCUGAAGAAGAAUGUCCACAAAAUUCGACAAGAGCACGAAGAACUCGCCAAACAGUACAAUGUAAUCGUCCAAAUGAGCACUACGAGUGUGGCAGUGCGUGUCAAACAACUUGUGCCACACUGGGCGAUGUGUGCCCCAUUGUCAACAUUAGAUGCAAUGAUGACUGUUACUGCAAUGAGAACUAUGCUAGAGACGCCAACGGGACCUGCAUACCUGAAGCACAAUGUCCACCAAAAUCGACAAAAGUAACAACAACUCGCCGCCGGUCUUGCCCAUCAAACUCCCACAGAACUGGGCGGUCUAGUAAGUGA